CGUCCGCCUACAGAAACCACAAUGGACCACCUAGUCCUCGACCCCGUCAUAGAUCCAGCACUCGCAGACAACUCACCGCAGCAUACAGACGACCACCACCAGCCUCUGCAGAACUCAGCAUCCACCUCACCAGUUGCCCAGCCCUCCCAACGCACAACAAAAACAGGUCGUCCAUCCAAGGCCCGCGGCACUGUUCCCGGAUCCGCUGCCGACUUUAGACGACGGGAAGCGAACCGUCUAGCAGCAGACAGGUCGAGAAGUAGACAGGCUGAAAAGGGUGCGGCGCUUGAGAAUGCUUCGCGUAUAUUGUCAGAGGAGAAUGCGAGACUGAAGGAGCAGAUCGCUGCGUUAGAAGGUGGAAUCGAAGGAAGCGAUUUCCAACAUGGAGUUCAGGAUGCUGAACAUCAGCCUACUCCUGGCCCCUCAAGAACGGAAGAACCACAUGACGAUGAUCAGCAGGUCUCACAAGAAAGUGAUACUCAGGCUCAAGAGCAAGAAGCGCACUCUCACACUAUUCUGGCCGCGCUCACGGACAUUACUGGUGUCGACUUUUCAGAAGGCAACGAAGCAAACUGGAUGCAAGGGAUGGAGACCUUCCUGAAAGAUUCUGAAAGUGGAAGAUUAGGGGAGCUCGCGGCUGUCGCCAUGGGACAUGAUGACCCGCAGUUGCAACAUCAGGAAAAGGCUGACGCGCCCCAUACCUCUCCCUUCAAAAUCGGCAACAUGUCUAUCCCAUUUCCACUUCCGGGGCAGAUGUCGAUUCCUGGAGCCAGUGCAGCCAUUGGCCUCGCUGCAGCUCUCAAUACGGAGAUGGAGAGGAUUAUCAUGGAAGACCUUGCUCUGACCAAAGCGGCCAUCGUCAGAGUCGAGAAUCAGAUAUCCCAUUUGCGAGCCCAUCCCGAUGCCGACAUUGAUGCAGCUAGCAACGACUCGUCCAUUGCGCCUCUUUUGCCCAAGGACAUCUUCUCCGAAGAUUUGGAAGCGUUGCAAGUGGUUCAGACAGAUAUACAAAACUCUAUCUCUUACCUUGAAAAUACGUUGCCUCCCGUCAGGGAUGAAUUUGUGAGGACGCGCGAUGACAAGACAGCGGAGGAAAAGAGGAUCAUAGACCUUGUGAAGGAAGUUAAAGAACUAGAGGUAAGAGAUGAGGAUCAAAAAGAAAAAGUCUUGUCGAACCUGAGAUCUGUUGGCACGUUUGUGGAGAAUUUGCUGACAGAGGAGCAUCCCGAUAAUCAAUACCUGACCGGUGCAUUCUCUUCUCCCGCGCUUGCUCGUCGACGUAGAGGUAGACCGCCAAAGGGCGAAGUCUCUCGUACAUUCUACCAAUCUUACCUCAUUGGACCCCUUUCUCAAGAAGUCGACCCCAAGGGCAAAGGUAAAGCUCCAACAGCCAAGAAUCCUCGUAGAAGCAGAUUGGGAGAAUCACCUCUCACCGGGCACGCUUCUUCCCAUGAACAAGAUGACCAUCAUGUUGCUGAAUCUUCUCAAUCCGCACAAGCACACCUUCCCGACUCUCACGAACCGGGGACCCUACAGGCAGCUCAACAUGACCAAGAUCAUCCCGAUGAGCACGAUACGACCGAAGCUGUUAACCGUGCCGAGGCGUAUAUUCUCUCUCAUCUCAAUGCAUCCAACGCUACGGAUGGCCAAGACGCAGAUCCUCAUCCAGAACGCGAAGAUGCUAUCGGACUCGAAUCUACUUCCUUUGCUGAUUUCUUGCCCGCCCAGGAAGCAUUAGAACGACAGGUCGAGGGACCCGCAAGUCAACAUGGCAAUGCUGAUGCUUUCGGUCAGUCUGCUUCCUCAAACGGCCAAAAUCAGGAGUUAGUCCAUGUUAGUCAGGGUGACCACGAUGUCCCUCUGUCUGUUCUUUCGCGACUCAAGCAGGGUCCUCCUGGGAGUUGCGAUAUCUGCAUGAGAACGGAAACGACUGUGUGGAGGAAAUUAGUGCUGGGAGGUAUCGACCACAAAGUGUGCAACGCCUGUGGCCUGUACCACUCGAAAUUCGGUGUCAUCCGUCCCCCGGAACUCUGGGGAGAUGGUAAGUCCCUGAAAAAGCGUCGUUCCACGAGACCCGCAACGGAUGAAGAGGAUGCAGAUGCACACGCGAAAAAGAAGGUAAAAAAGAGCAUUGGAGAGGGUUCGGAGCAACUUGAGUCGCUUGAUGACGAGCACCAAGAGCUUGGGAAUAUGGUAGAAAACCACUUGUCUGCUCAGCAAAGAGAGGAAGAAGAGGCGGCGACAGUAACGGCAGGUGAAAAUGUAGAAGGGACGAUAGUUGAUAGGAGUGUAAUCCAAGGGGCUGUUCAACCUGGGAUAGGUAUGGAUGAAGCAGAGGGAAAUGUGUUUGAGGUGUGAUGAUUAAGAAGUGACUUUGCGUUGUACUUCUAUGUAGCAGAAAUGUAGACGGUGAAAG